AUGGUGCUCUUCCCAGACUCACCGGCACCUGCGGAGAACCGAGACACACGAGCAGUGAGUGGCAGUCAUCUCUUCCUCUUCCUCCUGACAGCCGUGGCCCUGCUCUCCAGCUACUCCAUCCACCUGCUGCUGAAAUCCUCGGGCAUCGUGGGGAUCCGUGCGUAUGAACAGCUGGGCUACCGAGCCUUCGGCACGCCGGGGAAGCUGGCUGCAGCCAUUGCCAUAAUGCUGCAGAACAUUGGAGCCAUGUCCAGCUACCUGUACAUCGUCAAAUCCGAAGUGCCUCUCGUCAUCCAGACUUUCCUCAACCUGGAGGAGAAGACCUCGGACUGGUACACGAACGGGAACUACCUGGUGAUCCUGGUUUCCAUCACCAUCAUCCUGCCCCUGGCCCUCAUGAAGCAGCUCGGCUACCUGGGCUAUGCCAGUGGCUUCUCCCUCAGCUGCAUGGUCUUCUUCCUCAUCUCGGUCAUCUACAAGAAGUUUCAGAUCCCCUGUCCUCUCCUCGCGCAAGACAUGAACAGCACGGGCAGCCUCAAUGACACGCUGGGCAGCCCCAGCAACCACCAGAACGACUACCCCGUUCUUCAGGCCCCUGAGAAGGGAACCUGCACCCCCAGCUACUUCACCCUCAACUCCCAGACGGCGUACACCAUCCCCAUCAUGGCCUUCGCCUUCGUGUGCCACCCUGAGGUGCUGCCCAUCUACACGGAGCUGAAGAAGUGAGUGCCG